AUGUCAUCGCAAGGAGGCCAAGGCCAGGCGGGGGCACAAGGAGGCCCUCCGCCCGGGCCGCCAUAUGCGCCCAGAACAUGGUCCCUCGGUGGCCGCCUAGAGGAAUCCGUGGAUAUCCCCAUCACCGCUGUCUUUCUCGCCCUCUUCAUCGGCGGUGCAAUUGGCCAUAUGGUCACAUUCCAGAAAAACAAAAAGCAAGGCCACAAGUUCAUGUUGACGUUGUUGCUGUUCGGCUUUUGCAUGUGUCGGAUCGUAACCUGCGUUCUGCGCAUUGCAUCCUCCACAAGACUCACGAACAUCAAGCUGGCAAUAGCAGCACAGAUCUUCGUCGCGGCCGGGGUGCUGCUGAUCUACAUCAUCAACUUGAUUUUCACGCAGCGCCUCAUGCGGGCCCAGCACCCUCGCUUGGGUUGGUCAUUCCGUUUCGGCAUGUUCUUUAAGUUGACGUACGUGGUGACUGUGCUCACUCUGAUCAUGGUCAUCACUGUCACCGUACAGUCGUUCUACACGCUCGACACCAACACGAGGCGCAUAGACCGUGACAUCCAGCUGUACUGCUCGACAUUCUUCGCCUACGUCUCAUUCCUACCCAUUCCCUUGACUUUACUCGGCCUCGUUCUCCCGCGCAGAAAGCGUAUGGAGAAAUUCGGCAUCGGAAGGUGGCGUAGCAAGAUUCUCGUACUCCUCGCUGCGACCUUUAUCCUGUGCUUGGGUGCGACAUUCCGCUGCGCUACGGCGUAUCUGGAUCCUGUGCCAAUAUCGCAGCCACUUCCGUCGUAUUAUUCAAAGGCAUGCUUCUACGUCUUCAACUUCACCCUUGAAAUCAUCGUCGUUUACCUGUACCUUGCCGUGCGGGUCGACCGGCGCUUCCAUAUUCCCGACGGUGCGAAGGGCCCUGGCCAAUACGCGCGUGGCCCAUACGCUCCGAAGGCCAUCGACUCAAAGCGUGUGCAAAUCAGGAAGUUCGACAGCGUGCAAACUCUGGACAAAGCGUCAACAAUCAACGAGUACACCCCCGGCACCAAGCGAUCGCUCAACCUCAAGACCGACUUCUCGCCGUCCGAAAAGAAGAAGAUCGAUCUCGAGGCUCAGUCCGCUCCGCACAGUGCCAUCUCGGGCACCACUGCAGCUUUGUCCAAGGACCACCUACUCCUGCCCGAAUCCCCCAAGCCCGCCCAUAUCAAGUCCGAAAAGCACAGGUCCAACGCGGACGUUCCGCCAGUGCCCGCACUUCCCCCGUCUGCAGCCGGAGCCAUCGUCUCUUCUCCACCGCCCUCCAACGUGCCUUCUGGCGCGCCUUCCACGCGCGGGGCCGAAGAGAAGCUCGACAAGGUCGUCGACCUACUCGUCUCGCUCGACCGACGCCUGUCGUACCUCGAAGAGGCGCCGCGCCGCGACGAUCUGCUCGAGCGUCUAACGCAACGCCUGUCCCGGCUCGACGAGGUCGAUCCAGGCGCGACACCACGCAUACGACCGCAAUCCUCGGCAGGCACCACGCUCCGCGGCAGCGUCGACAAUGCCGGAGUCAACAUGGGCUUCGGCGGCGUUGGUGGCGACCACGCAGCGCUCACCCUGCUCGAUCGCCUGGACCGCCGUCUGGCACGCCUCGAGGAGCAUGAGGCACGCAUGAACCGACCGACCUCUGGGCUGGACAGCCUCAUGAUCCUGGAUCGGCGCCUCAGCAACAUGGAAUCACGCAUCGGAAGCCCAGACCCCGGAUUCGGCGGUAGCCCGCCGCCUUUCAUGCGCAACAGCUCCUACGGCCCAAUGAACAACCACCCGGCGGCUGACUACGAGACUCUAAUGGCUUUGGGCGGCGGUCACGUCGACAGCGGACCCAUCAUGCCCCCGACAGACACCCGCUUCGACCGCUGGAACUAUGGAGGAGGUGCACCCGGCAGCAACAACAACCCUCGCCUCCGCGGCGGCGGCAGCAGCAGCAGCGGCGGCAGCCCUCCGCACCGCUUCUCUCAAUCGCCCCAGCGCUUUCCCCCAGUCGCCCGCGCGAGCGGUCCCAUGGCAGCAGGAACAUGGCCACUCGACGAAGCCGACGAGUACCGCCAACAACAACAGCAACAACAACAACAGCAGCAGCAGCAUCAGUCAUCCCCCGACCAACACCCCUCCCAGCUCCGCCCCGGCUUCCCCCGCGCCAUGCCCUCGUCCGACUCAAUGGGCACCGUCACGCUGAACGCGCCGUCCGUGCGCGACACGGCCGGCCUCUUCGACGACGACCUGCCCUUCCCGCCAAUGGUGCAAGUCGCCGACGUCGGCAGGGCGUACACGCCCGACGACAACCGCCCGCACCGGCUCAGCCGCGGCCCCAUCAACAACGACGACGACGACGACGAGCUGGAGAGCGUCGGCGGCGGCGGCGGCGGCGGCGGCGGUGGCGGCAAUAACAACAACAACAACAACAACAACAACCCCGCCAUGCUCGGCGUCGCGCGCGAGCAGCCGCUGCGCUACUCGACCAGCGUCGCCAGCGCCACCAGCCAGUACAGCCAGGCGACCGAGGUGGACCUGAGCGGCGAGCGGGAGCGGCCCCGGACGGCGUACGUCGUCGACGACGUCUCGGCCGCGGCGCAACGGCUGGGCCCGGAGGCGGAUAGGGAUGGCAAAUGA